AUGGGUCGUAUUGAUUUGGUAAUAUUCGGAGCCACGGGCUUUACCGGUAAAUAUACAAUUAAAAAUUUAAUAAAAAUCGCGAAAAUGAAAAAUUUACAUUUUACAUGGGGCGUAGCCGGUAGAAAUAAAGAAAAAUUAUCAAAAACUUUAAUUGAAAUGUCAAAAGAUGAAGAUUAUGAUAUUUCAAAAGUUACUCAGAUAAUUGCUGAUCUUAACGAUUCUGAUUCUUUAAAUGCAAUGGCUAAGCAAGCCAAAAUUAUUGUUAACUGUUGUGGACCUUAUAGAUUUUAUGGAGAAGCAGUUAUAAAAGCUUGCAUUGAAAAUAAAACUCAUCAUGUUGAUGUUAGUGGUGAACCACAGUUUAUGGAAAAAAUGCAACUUAAGUAUCAUGAGGAUGCAAAGGAAAAUGAAGUUUAUGUUGUGAGUGCUUGUGGAUUUGAUAGUAUUCCAGCAGAUAUGGGUGUUGUGUUUCUCAAAAAUGAAUUUGGAGGACAAUUAAAUUCAGUCGAUAUAUUUUUGGAUUCUUGGGUUUCCGGUCAAAAAACGGGAAGUACAGUUCAUUUUGGUACAUGGGAAUCUGCUGUUUAUGGAGUCGGAUGCAAAUCAGAGCUUAAACCUUUGAGACAAAAAUUAUUUACAAAGCCUUUACCCGCAUUAAAGCCUAAAUUAGAAAGAAGAUUGCCUUUAACCAAAGUUGAUGCCCUAAAAGAUAAAUGGUGCCUUCCUUUUCCUGGAGCUGAUAAAGCUGUCAUUAGAAGGUCUCAGUAUUACUUUUAUGAGCAUGACAAUCAGCGUCCAAUCCAGGUUGGAACAUAUAUUGCUUUUCCAAGUCUAAUAGGAGCUUUGUUAGUUACUUGUGCAGCUGCAGUUUUUGCUUUAAUGACUAAAUUUAAUUUGGGAAGAAAGCUAUUACUUGCAUACCCAAAAUUUUUUUCAUUUGGAUUUGCAAGUCAUGAAGGUCCACCAGAAAAUGAAGCUGAAAAUACAUUUUUUACUUUCACUUUUCUCGGUAAAGGAUGGAAAGAAAAAUUAAAUAAUCCACUGGAUGCAGAAGGAAUUCAACCAAAUAAAACUCUAAUAGCUAAAGUUUCUGGAAAUAAUCCAGGUUAUGGAGCAACUUGUAUAUUACUUCUUGUUAGUGCAUUAACCGUCUUAAAAGAAAAUGACAAGAUGCCUGAAAAGGGUGGCGUUUAUCCACCUGGUGCUGCUUUUGCCAACACCAAUAUGAUAAAAAUGUUGAACGAAUUAGGAGUGAAAUUUGAAAUUGUGCCUCAAAAUAAUUAA